AUGCCUCCUCUGGCACCAAGCACAGCCGUCAGCGCAGCACCCGUGCCUACCAAUGCGAAGGACGAAUCGAACCGACAAUGUGGGCAGUGGUACAAUGUUGAGGGUGGAGACUAUUGCAACCUCGUGACACUGAGGUAUGCGAUAGCACUGGCUGAUUUCGUAUUCCUGAACCCAUCCAUCAACGCGAAUUGCACCAAUCUGCUGCUAGAUAUCAGCUAUUGUGUAGCGCCAGUAGGAGACACCAAAGUUAACACCUACUCUGGACGACCUGGCUACCAUACUCCCGGUCCUUCGGGAGUACCAUUUACCAAAGUCACGUUUACGCCCACUAAGCCCGCUACGACAACACCCUCGCCCACGCAGCUGAGCCUUGCGCUUGAUACAAGAGACGAUUGUUACCAGUAUUUCGAUGCAUCACAGAUGGAAAGCGACAUAACAGGAACUCUUUAUCGUCACAAGUGCGAUUUGGCUGCAGAUGUCUAUGGUGUGGAGAUGUCCGAACUGCUCACCUGGAACCCCUCGCUCGGUAACGAUACCGAAGCGCCUACCUGCAGCUUCGAGCCUGGAGUCCGCUAUUGUGGAAGGUUCUACUUCGAGCCGCCAAAGGCCGAGCCCGAAGUAGGCCCAUCGCUGGAAUUUCCGAUCAGAGAAGGGUAUGAUACGAACUGCACUGAGUUCAGGGACGUGUCUAAGGAUUUCACUUGCGAGGAUGUUCUGGCUUUGUUCGAUCUCACCUUGGCUCAAUUCUUUAAGAUGAAUCCGGCUGUAGGCUCAACGUGUGCGAAUCUUUGGACCGAAACGGCAUAUUGCGUCAAGUCGCCCAAUGCCCCACCGCCCGCUACGAGCGUUACUUCGGCCUCCGUUGCCCCAAGCAGUACAUUUCCACCGGGACCUGGGGCACCAACGCACACUGGACAGCCUGCAAACUGUGUUCGAUGGCACAUCGUCGAGAAAGGGGAUGAUUGCUCGAUUCUUGCAAACAAAUACUUCAUCACCUUGGAGCAAUUCUAUGCCUGGAAUCCCGCCGUGUCGAAUGAUUGCCGCGACAACUUCUGGCAGGGAUCGGCAUACUGUGUGGGCACUUCGGAUUCGAUCAGCGUGAGCAGAUCGGCUCCCCCGCCGUCGCCUACUCCCAGUCCUUUCGUCAUACCAACGCCAAAUCAAGCAAACAACGCGAUCAAAGAAUGCAACAAGGCUGCUCAGGCGCAGGAAGGAGACUGGUGUGCUGUAAGUCCACGAUAUCCGGUUCUGCGUCGCUUCUAG